AUGGAUAUCGAUCCGCGUUUGCGACCGAGCAAUGACAACUUGAAGGAGAACAACAACAAUAUCUCUUUCCCGGACAGAGACUCAUACUCGAACCCGCGACACCACCCACCAUCGUAUGCGCCAAACCAAGCGCUGGAAUAUGGUGCGCGACUAGAUCACGGACGGGGUUAUGGACAGGUAACAUCGGAAUCACCGAGUGCGCAUCCGCAGCAGUCAACUUCAACACCUUCAUCUACGGAUAAUCGUGUGGCGGAAAUAGGCAGCGGAUCGAUAGCAGGCUACCUAAAUGAGAUGUCUAUGGGAGCUUCGCACGACGAACAUGAUCCGAACGAUCCUCUUGCCGACCUGAAACGACCGCGAGCAUGUGAGGCCUGCCGACAGCUGAAGGUUCGCUGCGAACAGGACAACAAUCAUCCGUCGGGGUCUUGUAAGCGAUGCGCCAAGGCGAAUCGCAAGUGCAUUGUCACUGCACCGACCCGGAAGCGUCAGAAGAAGACAGACAGUCGCGUGAGUGAAUUGGAGAAGAAGAUUGAUGCUCUUACAGCUAGUCUCCAAGCGUCUAGGAGGAUAGAAACCAUGGCAUCUCCAGAGGGGAGGUCGCAAGAUCAGGAACUUGCUGCUGCUCGUCGAUGGCUUGGGGGUGGUCCUCGACCACCAUCGCUGCCACCGCUUGCAAAGUCAAUUUCUCCUAGUACGAGCACUAAGCGUACAGCAAGUGGUGAGUUUAAAUACUCCGCACCGCCUGGCUCGGUGUCUCAAAGCAGUACUUUCAUUGCCCCAGUAAGUCCGCGCGAAGUCUCUGAAGUUUUGACACUAACAUUCCAGCAGGCUCCUUCAGCGAACCUACCUAGCGAAAGCGUGAUAAACAAUGCGAACGAAUUUACUGAUGUCAUUGAUCGCGGGCUGAUUGAUGUUCAGACUGCCGUUGAUAUCUUCAACCACUAUAUGGAUGAGAUUGCCCCUAGACUCCCCGUAGUCGUCUUUCCCCCAGGUACAACCAUGGCCUCUGUUCGGCGCAAUAAACCUACACUUUUCCUGGUGAUCAUGGCUAUCUCGAUCGGCCACUUUCGAUCGGAAUUGCAAAUGUCUCUAGUACACGAGGUGCAUCGUCUCUUUGCUGAUAAGGUCGUCAUCAAGGGCGAAAGAUCCCUGGAAUUAGUACAAUCGAUCAUGUUGGCAUGUAUCUGGUAUGUGCCACCCGAUCAAUUCGAGGAGCUCAAGUUCUUUCAAUUUAUCUAUAUGGCUGUCGUUAUGUCUCUGGACAUUGGGAUGGGCCGUGUUACGAGAAAAAAAGGCAAUAAGCCACAUGGGCUAUUGCGAGAGAUCAUGGGCAAUAGUUCGACUAGACCUUCCUUUGACCCCGAUUCUGUCGAAACAAGGCGAGUUUGGCUAGGUGCAUAUUUCAUGGCAGUCAAUGCCUCUAUGGCGCUUCGUCGGCCGUUGUUGUGUCGAUGGCAUCCUUAUAUGGAUGAGUGUAUUGAAAUUUUACAAACCUCACCCGAAGCCCAGCCAUCUGACCGCAAUUUGAUAUAUUGGGCUAAAUUAACGCGUAUUGCCGAAGAAAUUGGAUUUCAGUUCUCUAUGGAUGACCCAUCUAGUAGUUUAUCAAUGAGUGACACCAAGGUUCAGUAUGCACUGAAGGGCUUCGAGAGACAACUAGAUGAGUGGCGGCGCGAGAUCCCGCGGGACGAGUAUACACCGAUCCUGCGACAAGCGGAGAGCAUCAUCAAUAUCUAUAUGCAUGAAAUAUCGAUGCACACCGAACAUAACAUCGAGGACCUCAGCAAUCCCUUCACGUCUGCGUUCAAGACCGAUGUCAAAUUCGAUAAGGCGACUGCUGCUCAGAUUGAUGCUCUCACAGCCUGUCUGACAUCGAUUCAUACGUCUCUAGACUGUAUGCUUUCUAUUGAGCCGGAGGUUUUAGUUACUCUACCCACGCAUAUGUAUGCUCGUUCAGCAUAUGCAUUCAUUGCGUUACUCAAGAUGUUCUCGGGGGUUUCGUCCAACCAUGGUUUAGGGCACGUUUUCUCACCGGCCGAUCUCAAAGUGGAGGAGUAUUUUGACAAGAUGAUUGACCAUUUAAAAAUCAGUUCUAUGAGGCCAGGGGGUAGAACAGCAUCAAGGUUUUGCAUGGUCUUGAACCUGUUGAAGAACUGGUUCCUCAAUCGUAAGGGGGAAGCGUCUGGGUCGAAGAAUGAAGAGUCAACGUCAGCUCGCCCAAAAGAAGAGAACGACGACAGCCAAGGGCCGUCGCGAACAGCCACCAAUGUUUCCUCUGCACAUCAACGGUCAAUGCUUGCUACCACUGAUCCCGGCGAUAAAAAACUGCCUUCUGUGACAAGCACAACUUCAGACCCCCAGCAAUGGGCUAACUAUAGCGUCAGUGGACCUGAAACUACGACGUCAAGCAGCUUCCUGCCUGAACAAUACCAAUUCAACCAAAACUUGAGACAAGAUGUUGCUAACCCAAUGAUGAACAACGGCCUCCUUCCUGGAUCACAAGCGGAAUAUGCAAAUCUUGCACCUGACUUUGAUUUCCAGAUUCCGUUCAACGCGGAAGGGAUCUUCUCUAUGGGUGGUGGCAUGCUUCCUGAUAAUGUGUUUGAUUUACCGUUUGAUGAGAAUAUGAACUUCUAUCUACAGUGAAUAUAGGCUGGCCAUGAGUUUUGUAUUGGGUUGCUUUGUUCAAGAUACCCUAUGGAACAAUUGAACCCACCCCGAGCAUUACAUAGACCAGGCGCCGGAGGGUUGCCUUAUCUCUCUCAUGCAUGUUCUUGA